AAUAUGUACGUGAUGUCUUUGAAGGCAGCAUCAACCCAAGCUCUAAAGCUAUGGUCAAGAGAGAAGUUUGUGCCUAAAUUGCCGUGUUUUUGUCCCCCAAAAUAACCUUUACGGUUUGAGUGGAGGGGUUUUUAAAGUAAAAUAAUCUGCCAUGAGUUUGUGUAAUGUUUUACGAGCACAGAUUGGGUGCAGAGCGCUUCAGCUCAUCCGUGUCCACCGUGUUUGCCAAGCUAAGAAAACUCUUUGCACAAAAAGCGAUGAGGUGAAACUUGCAGAGGAGGCAAGCAAAAGAGUCCCAGCUCAAACAAUCUUCUCCAAAGUGAUUGACAAAAGCAUUCCUGCAGAUAUUAUUUAUGAGGACGAAAAGUGUUUGGCGUUCAGAGACAUCAGCCCACAGGCGCCCGUCCACUUCCUGGUCAUUCCCAGGACCCCUAUCCCACGAAUAAGUGCAGCUGAAGAUACUGAUGCUGAGCUGCUGGGACAUCUGCUGGUUGUCGCUAAAAACAUGGCGAAGCAGGAAUCUCUGAGUGACGGGUACCGAUGAUCAAUGACGGGAAGCACGGCGCCCAGUCGGUCUACCACCUCCACGUCCACGUUCUGGGGGGCAGACAGAUGACGUGGCCUCCAGGAUGACUCUCACUUCCAGACGCCUCUCUUUUAAGAUGUCACUGGAGCGUCAAAUUGUGAAGAAAAAAAUGUAAAAAUGCAAAAGUGAAAAUAAAUCCAGCUGCAAAUGAAGACGGUCUUUCUUUUCCAACACAUUUCAAUACUUAACAGCAAGCAACAACAAUGUCAAUCAACAGUAAGAAAAUGGGUUUAUGCUGCAUUUUCUCUAUUUUUGACUUAAAUUAUGUUGUUAAAGAUGUUUAGAUAUUAUAAGGCCUAAAAGGUCAAAGGUUAUGUGCACUUAGAGCUGCAACAAAAAU